AUGGACUACUGGAUCCCUGCGUCCAGCGCGUGUCCAACAAUAGAUGCUGUCGCGAAGUGGAAGUUUACGAGCGACUCGGUGGACUCGUCUACAAUGGGGCCCACGGUGGAGCGUUUAUGCUUGCUCCAGAUGACGAAGGCCAUUAAACACAAGUGCGACGAAACGAUCCUUUGGAAAUUUGCGAAGACAUUCCUAGAAAAGCGAAAGCAAGUGUGUUUCAUGGUCCUUCUGUGGGACGAUGAUUUCGACCGGAGUGCGAUAACUCAACGUUGGUCGUUCAGAUUGGAUCCAGUGGUGAUCACGUUGGACGAGGGCAGGGCCAGCAUUCCCCUGUACGUUGCGGCGGCUCAAAUGGAUGAAGACUCGUUUUACGGUUGA